AUGACUAGGUCGCAGCGGAUAUAUUUAUAUUUAUUUUGGUUAAUUGCAUUUGGCUUUAUUCAAGUCAACGGUUCAUACAAAUUUAAUGCCCUGGUUUGUGAUCUUCGUGCCCCCGAAUUGGGCAUCAUCAAGCAGUGCAACAUCAAGGCAAUAGAUAGAAAGCACAAUAUGAUCAAUAUUGAAGCUUUGUUUAAUAAAACCAUAUCGGAGUUUUCGAUUCAUUUCAUAAUGGUUAAGCGUGAAAGUGGCGGCUGGCAUCCAUUUAUGUACAACAUAUCGAUGGAUAUUUGCAAGUUCUUUAGGAAUCCUAGGAAGUUUUUUAUUCCCAAUUUGAUAUAUUCAUUUAUGAAGUCUUUUACCAAUGUCAAUCACAGCUGCCCAUAUAAGGCUGGCGCUGAUUUAAGUCUUUUGAAUUGGACCCCGGAUGAAGACGGAGUUAUAGCCAAGUUUCCGGUAGAUCAUGGACAAUAUGGCCUACAGACCACUUGGUACAUCAACAAAAUUGUUGCAAUAAAAAUUAAUGGCUCUGUUUUGUUUUUCAAGUGA